GUUUCACAAACUAUGUAUGUAGUAACAAAUAUAAAAGAUGAUGAUACCCAACAAGCUAUAGAACAAGAUAUAAGAAAGCAUAGAAUAGCACAAAAGAAAGAAGCCUUUCAAGACUGGUUACAAAGAUCAAAAGACUAUUUAACCAAAAAUACCACAAGUUUUCUACCUCAGCUACGUAUUUAUGGCAACCAAAUGGUUUAUGGUACUCAAGAUGGAGUAGUACAAGCCAAAGGAGGUGUACUCGAGGAAGAUGGAAAUACAAAGAUAUCCAGUCAGUCACUUGCCAUGGAUUUGAAUAGUGGUAAAGUAGAGUUGAGUGGAAAUACCAAAGUAUUAUGGCCUAAAGGUAAUAUAAAUGCGAAAAGUUGCUCUUAUAACCUUCAGAACGGAAGUUUAGCUUGUAGUCAUACCGAUGGAAUGAUUUCUAUUUUCUCUUCAUCCAAUUAUCGUUUCUUUUCUAUGCAAUCAAAAUAUAGAAUACCUACUCACUCGGUCUAUCAACAAAAUGAUACCGAUUCCAUUUUUGAACGAUUGAAUAAUACUUGUCGUUGUAUGGAAGAUAAUCAAGACCAAUCCAAAAGCUAUAUUGUAAUGAAAAGUAAUCAAUUGUUAUUAAACUUGUCUCAAGAGGAAGGAAUCAUGAGUGAUGAAUGGAUAGCUAAGAAUGCCAAAGUAUAUUCUCCACAACGGAAGCCAACUUCUGUGGACAAUAUACCUCAACUUCCAUUUUCUAUUCAAGCCAAAAAGAUUGCUUAUGGAGUCAAUGACUUGCAACUGAGUGGUGCAAAACUUUGUUUGGGUGAGCGAGUUCGAGUUCCUUAUUUAACUCAACAUAUUUGUUUGAAUGGUUUACCUUUUGGAAACUUUCAAGUUGGAUAUCAAUUGUUGGAUAUGAAUGGUUGGUAUAUAACGAAACCACUGAUGAAGCCAUCAUUAUGGUUUGCCAAUCAUCAAGCACAUCUUCAUGUAGCUACUCUGAUUAGUUUAUCUAAACAAGCAAGUUUUCGAGAUCGAUUGGCAUUGGCUUGUUCUCUUAAAUGGAAUGAUAAGAAUGAUGAAACUCGUUUGAUGGCAGAAAUACUUGUUCAUUCACCAUUUAACGACUAUGAGAAGAAGCAAAGAAAUGAUGAAGACUCAAAAAAGGAUAUUCAAACCACUUGUCUUAUGACUACUUCUUCUUCACAUACUACUAUUCCUAGUUAUUCUCAUUACUAUUCAGGUGAUAGAGAGAACUCUUUGAUAGAUAGGCAUGAGAAUGGUUGGAAUCGUUGUAGAGCACACUUUCUAUGGGAAAAAGAUUUCAAGAAAUACAUUGGAAAAUGGAAUAUUUAUGGAUAUUGGAAAACCAAAGUAUUCAAUCCUGCUACAGCAUAUCUAGAAACCACAUUGGAAGGAAACAACCAAGUAUCUGAAUGGAGAGAAUUGUCUCACUGUUUAGGAACUAGUUUUAGUAAGAAUCCUAUAGUAACUCGUUAUCAUAAUGGUCAAUUAAGAAGACAAUGGGAAGUUGGUAUGGAGUCACUCGAAGCUGAUAGAAUACAAGAAAUGGAAUAUCAUUAUGGAUUGGGUGUUUCAGAUGAACGUCAAGAAACCAUUCAACGUAGUUUUGCUACUUUGGAAAUGGAAUAUCUUCAUUUCUUAUGGAAGGAAAAUCAUUCUUUAUCAACUCUCCAUCAUCAACAAUAUCGUUUGCCUUUGAGUUUUGUGGCUAUGACUGGACAUUUUGUGGGUAGAGCAGAAAAGUUGAAAAGAAAGCCAUUAACUGCACGUGCAACUUGUAGCAUAGGUGUCCAAGGUCAAAUAGGAAAGCUUCGUAAAAAGUGGUUGGACUUUAGUGGAUUCUCUGUUGAGAUAUCUCAAACAGUGGGUGUGCUAUCUACAUUUCUAUUUGAAAGAGAAGAACAACGAACGGCUUUGAAUUGUGGAGAUGGACUUUGGGAACUGCUUGUUGGCAACCAAUGGAAACAAAACUAUCUUUGCAACUCUUGAGAGAUAGUUGUGCUAUUUCAACGAGUUACUGGAUGGAGCAAGGAAGGGCAA